CGCUCGAAGAAAAAUCCUUAUUUCCCUCCUGCAACUGCUUCAUUCCUCCUCACCUCUCUCUCUCUCUCUCUCUCUCUCUCUCUCUCCAACUGGACCAACAGACACGACGCGGUGGCCAUUGCAGCAGAGGCCUUAAACAGUUGGGACAUUGGAUUGUCUGAGAAACUUUAAAUGACCUCUUUGACAACUGCUGCAGUUCAGAAUGAAAAUUCACGCAUCCAUACAGGAAAAGGUGCUGUUGGGGCAAAGGCGGAUGUGCCCAAAUCUGAGCAGAAAGGUCAGAAGGUCCGAAAAGCAUUAGCAGACAUUUCAAAGGUUGGAAAUGCUUCACUACCCGGUGCCACAAAGGUAUGUUCUGUAAAGGGGAAAUCUGCAGUACGCGGCAAUGGGAAACCCGAGAGCAUCCCACAAAGCUAUGGAUUGACUGAAGAGGAAAUAAAGAGAUGCAAUGAAUGGGCGAAGGAAGGGAGAGAGCAUGUGCAUUUUUCAGGAAACGAUGCCCAUGCCGUUGAGAAAGAUAUUGCAGAGGAACGUGUGAAGAAGAAAGUUGAUAAAGUAAUGUCUGCAUUGAGGGAAUGGACUCAAAUUUCCUAUGGUUUCGAAAGGCCAACAAAGGAUAUUGGAAAAGAAUUUGAGGAAUUUACAAAGCUGGAGCCAGAACCAGAAGUGCUUCUUCCUCUCAUGAACACUUCACUCUCAAGUUCAGGUAAUGAAGAUAUUCAAGAUCCAUUCUUUCAAGAAGAGAAUGAUGUUUGGCCGUUUCCAGACUAUUUUUUUGAGCUGAGGCUGAAGGAGGAAUAUGAUGGAGAUGCAGCUUUCUUGUGAAAUGGUCACCUUCCAGCUUGGUUUUAGCUUGUUUUCUUCUGGCUACUCAUGGCUCCAUGGUUGGUAGAGAUUGACACAGUAUUUGAAAUCUUGUUAGACUUCUUGGUAGGGAUUAGCAUGCCUUGGUCGAAUUCAGAUACAAGGACUGAUGCUUGUGAAUAGAUUGAUCUUGGCCAUCUGUGUGGUCAUUUCUUUCCUCAAAUUAACCUCAGGUGAUUGUUAUGUAGUUACCAACUAAUUCAAAUUUAAUGUGAUGCGCUGGUGAACUAUUAAUUCAAA